UUUGCAAUGCAACUAGUGGUUCGUACAAGACUUAACAAUCUCUUUCAAUGCAAAAUUGUUCAUGGCUUCUUCUUCUUCUUCUUCUUCUUCUUCUUCUUCUUCUUCUCUCCGGUAUUAAAGAAUGCCCCUUCUCUUCAGCUCUCUUCAUCUCCCACCCAAAAGCCUUCACCUUCGCUCUCCUAAUCGAUUCCCAGACUCUAAAAAUCCGAUUUUGAUGCUUGGGUUCUUGUCAAAGAGGCGUCUUUGGAAGAGCUUGAGGGUCUCUGAUCAGAAAAGCAUGCCUGAAUUGGUCCCGAUUGGUAAGUUUGGGGGCAGUGAUGGUGCUGAGGAGGAGACCGAGAUGAUUUUGGGCAAUGAUUCUUCAACCCAGCGACGUGGUUUUGGGCGUGCGGAAUUCGAUUCGUUUUUUAAUCGAGUGAGCAAAUGGCUGGUAGCUUUUCUUUUUGGUCUGGCCAUUUUAUGGAAGCACGAUGCCGAAGUUUCAUGGGCUGUGAUGGGAGCUGUUAUAAAUUCAGGGCUUUCAGUUACUUUGAAACGGGUUCUAAAUCAUCAAAGACCUGUCUCUGGAUUAAGAUCCGAUCCUGGAAUGCCAUCUUCACAUGCACAGUCCCUCUUCUAUGCAGCAGUUCUAGGAAUUAUUUCAUUGUUACAAUGGAAGGGGAUAAAUUUCAUUACAGUGAGCAUGGCAGUGUUCACCUUAGCAUUUGGUUCAUAUCUUACAUGGCUUCGCGUAUCACAACGGCUACACACUAUCAGCCAAGUUGUCGUCGGUGGCAUGUUAGGAUCAGCCUGUGCAAUAACAUGGGUUUGGUUGUGGCAUUCAUUUGUGCAUAGAGCAUUCACUUCAUCUGUCUGGGCUGGAAUUAUUGUGCUUAUUGGAUCAGCUUUAUUUUGUGUGGUCUUUCUAUUCCAUGUUGUUCAGCACUGGUUCACAGAUGAACAAUGAAACCUUAUUAAUUUAUUUCUAAACCUUGUGAAACAUACCAAUACCAUCAUUGAACGUUUGGUUAUGUUCAAGUACAGAUACCACCAUAAAUAAACGGAAUUGAAUAAACUCAUACGAUUACAUUUUCAUUU